GAAGCCGUAGUUGGCGAGAGGAAGAGGAAGCGGCGCUGGACCGAGCCGGUUAAUAGGAGCUGAUCGGAGGACAGCCGUCAAGCUCAGGGAGGAGGGGAGAGGCUCAAAAGCCGGUAAAUAUUCACCGGCCACUUCCUACCAGCAUAUAUACACACACACACACACUCGCACCAGCCAGCGCUGUGCCUGCCCGAGGGAGGGGAUGCCGCUUCUCCACCGCAAACCGUUCGUCAGACAAAAACCCCCGGCCGACCUGAAACCGGACGAAGAAGUUUUCUACUGUCGGAUGACCAUCGAGAUCUUCAGGAAUUACGACGACUUUUUUGAAAGAACCAUACUCUGUAACAGUUUAGUGUGGAGCUGUGCUAUUACUGGCAAACCAGGCCUGACUUACCAGGAAGCACUUGAGUCAGAAAACAAGGCCAGACAGAACCUCCAAAAUUUCCCUCAGCAAUUGGUGGUGCCUAUCCUUCACUUGACGACUCUUGCCUGUUGCUCACGUCUCCAUGAACUCUGUGAUGAUCUCUAUGCUUAUACUAAGGAUCGAUACUUUGCUGGAGAGAUUGUGGAAGUAACAAGUAAUAGUGGUCUCAAGCAAACGUGUAAAAUUUUAGAAGUUCUGACCCCACCGUUACAAAAUGGAACUGCUAACGGACACAUAAGCAGCAGAGCUGAAGAUGUGGUUAUCGUCAUUAGUGACGAAAGUGAUAAUGAAGAGCAAUUGAAAAGUGCUGGAUCUUCUGUGCUAAUUGGGAAAAAGAGAACCAAAAUUGAUCUAACAUUAUUUAGAUACAAGGUGCAACCUCUUAAAACUGAAGGAAAUGAAAUCAUCAUUAAGUCUGCACAAAUGAAUCGCAAGAAACACCAGUAUUCCCAAGACAAACUGAAGCUCUUCCUUAAACAGCAUUGUGAGUUAAGACAUGGCAUGCUGAAAGUCAAGUCUGCAACUGUUGAUAAGUACAAGCUUUCAGAGCAGAACUUUUCCCAUUUGUUCCCGGAUGACCCAUCCACCUUUAUUUUCAAUUCUGCAAACAGAGGUCGGGCAAAGACUUUGAAGAAUCGUUGUUCAUCAGCAAGUUACCAGUCAGAUGGCACUAAUGUGGAUGACCUGUCAAAGUACAGAAACAAAUCUGCACGCGAGUGUGAAAAGAUGCGUAGGCAGAAGGAAGAAAUGAGAGCAAUGGCAAAAAGGAGAAAAGAGGAGGAACUAGCAAAUGAGAUUCAGAAAAGAAAGGAAGUAUUGGAGGCAAAGAAGAAAGAAAAGGAAGAUAAAGAAAAGAAAAAGGAGGAGUUGAAGAAAAUACUGGAAGAAGAGAAAAUGAAAAGGAAGGAAGAAAAAGAACGUCUUAAAUUGGAGAAAGAGAAGGAAAGAGAGAAAUUACGAGAAGAAAAGCGGAAAUAUGCUGAAUAUCUCAAAGAAUGGAAUAAACCCCGUGAAGAUAUGGAGUGCGAAGACUUGAAGGAACUCCCAGUUCCAAUGCCUGUGAAGACACGGUUAUCACCAGAGCUUUUCGGUGAUGCGUUAAUGGUUCUGGAAUUUUUGCAUGCAUUUGGAGACCUAUUUGACCUCCAGGAUGAGUUCCCAGAUGGCAUGACUCUAGAAAUCCUCGAGGAAGCACUGGUUGGAAAUGACACUGAAGGGCCACUCUGUGAAUUGCUGUUCUUUUUCCUAACUGCCAUUUUUCAGGCACAUGCAGAGGAAGAGGAAGUAGCCAAAGAACAGUUUAAAGAAACUGAUCCAAAAGAUUUAACUGAUGCAUGGGAUGAAGAUCUCGAUUCUACAAAAAGUGCAGUCUCUGCAGUUGCUGCAUUUGCUGCUGCAUGGCCCCAGCUCUAUCAAGGCUGCACUUUGCGUGAUUUGGAUCUUGAUAGCUGCACGUUGUCAGAAAUCCUUCGACUUCACAUUCUGGCAGCAGGGGCUGAUGUGACACCAGCAAAUGCAAAGUAUCGUUACCAGCAGCAGGGUGGAUUUGAUGCCACAGAUAAUGCAUGUGUUGAAUUCAGGCUGAGUAAUCCAGGGCUGUUGAAGAAAUUAACAAAUACUCCAGUGUACGAUUUGACACCAGCGGAGAAGCUAAAGGUGCUGCAUGCUCUGUGUGGACAGCUGCUGACUUUGGUUUCCACAAGGGAUUUCAUUGAAGAUAAUGUAGAGAUCCUAAAGCAGACAAGACAGGAAUUCAGAGAACUGAAAGCUGAACAACACCGCCGAGGGAGAGAAGAGGCUGCAGCAAGAUAUCGCAAGAAAAAAGAAGAGCGCCUGAAAGAACAAGAACAAAAGAUCAGGGAUAGACAUGAACAAAUAAAAGAGGAAGAACAGAGAAACUCAAAAGCAAGUGCAAUUGAAGAGGGCACAACUCAGGAAGAAUUUGAUACCAGCACAGAGAGCCACGAGUCUGUUCACAAGGAUAGAGGCCAUGAUACAGCAACAGAAGAUGAGGAAGAAUUGGGACCAAGUAAAAGGAAUCAAAAAGGAAAGAAAACUCAAAUUGGGUUUACAAGUGUCCAGAACCAUGAAGAAAUGGAAGAAUCUGUGGUAGAAAGGAAGGAAGUCUUAACUCCAGAGGAAGAAGAAGCUUUGAAACAUGAGCAGCAGAGAAAGGAGAAAGAACUUGGAGGAAAAAUUCAAAAUGCUACAUCCUGCACCAAUAUUCUGCCUUUGGGCCGUGACCGUAUGUACCGUAGGUAUUGGGUAUUAAAUUCUGUGCCUGGCUUAUUUGUGGAGGAAGACUAUGAAGGUUUGAUGGAGGACAUGUUGCAGCCUUGUCCAGUCAAAACUCUAAGUGAGAACUUAGAGUCUCAGGGAAACAAACUUUAUGAUAAAGCACAAGGCAAUGAAUCCUCAGGGAACAGAGCUUCAGGGAAGAUGGACCUAAAACAGCAUGAGCCACAUAACAAUAGAAAUGUUUCUCAGGACCAAAACACUCCAGGUUCUCCUUUGCAAUCAUUGCAGCCAUCUACCUCAAAACAGGACCAAAUUCUUGAUCCCAGUUAUGUAGCAGAGUUGCACAGGCCAGUAAACAAGCCAAAUCGAUGGUGUUUUUACUCAUCACCAGAACAAUUAAAUCAACUGAUUGAAGCACUUAACUCAAGGGGAAAUAGAGAGAAUUCUUUGAAAGAAACUCUUCUCCAGGAGAAAGAUCGAUUAACUGAGUUGCUUACUAACUUUCCUGUGGAAAGAUUCAACAUUCCAGAUAAGGCUUUAGAGGAGAGCAAGAAUGUUCGCAGUACUUCAAAAGGUGUUCCGACUGUGCAUGACACUUCUGUGUUACCUGCUGAGAAGCAACUUGAAUUGCGAUUGAAGGAUCUAUUGCUGGAUAUUGAAGAUCGAACUUGGCAAGGAACUCUUGGAGGAAUAAAAGUAAUGGAGCGAUAUGCUUGGCGAGAAGCACUAGAAACUAGACAGUAUGAAUUGUUGACUGAAGCAACUUCUGCACAAAAUGGUAUUCGAAUAUUGGAAAAUGGUUUUAAGGAAAAUGGAGCAAUAAAAUUUGAGGGGGAAGAAGCAAAAGAACUUGAAGGCAUAAAUAAUAGAUAUAACUCAAAAGACAGGCCUUCAGAAUCCAAGACUGAAAUGAGAAGUUCUGCAUCCACCAGUGCUAGUACUCCACAGCCUAUAAACUCUGCGGUGCAUUACCUGGCUAUUGCUUUGCUUCAGUUGGAGCAGGGUAUCGAGCGCAAGUUCCUGAAGCCUCCUUUGGGAGAUUCCGAUGAUGUAAAAAAAGAACAAAAAGAUAAAAAGAGGAAAGAUGAUAAGAAAAAGAGAGACGAAGAUCAGUUCAGUGAAAAAGAUGGUGUGUAUUAUGCUAGUGAUGGUGGCAAAACACAGAAGACAUUAUUAGAUCGGUGGAGAGAGUCGCUUGUGGCUUGUAGUAGCUUAGCUCAGGUUUUCAUUCAUCUCUCUACACUGGAUCGCAGCAUUGUAUGGGCAAAAUCUUUGUUAAAUGCUCGUUGCAAGAUCUGUCACAAGAAAGGAGAUGCAGAAAACAUGCUGUUAUGUGAUGGAUGUGAUCGAGGAUACCAUACGUACUGUUUGAGGCCAAAGGUUAAGAUCAUUCCAGAGGAUGACUGGUUUUGCCUUGAAUGCAGACCAAAGCAGCGGUUUCGGCGACCAAUGGCCAGACAACGACCGACUUUGGAAAGUGAGGAGGAAGACCUGGCGCAGGUGGAAGAUUUGGAAGAGCAGUUUAUGGAAGCAGGCAAUGCGGAAAUGAGGUCAUUGGAACAAAAUGAAACCAAAGCAAGUGAAUUGGAAAAGAGACAGCCACGAAGAGGAAGACCUCGGCUUAAACUGCAAAUCAAGGGCAAAAGAGGCAAAUCCAACACUGCAAAAAAGAUGGGUAACCAACACAAAGGAAAAAGAAGAUAUACUCCUCGCAAUCAAUCAUGUUCUGCCAAAUUAACUGCAGGUCCUGGUAGAAAGCGUGGCAGAAAACUGGGAAGGAAGCCAAAAUCUGCAUUAAACUCUGAAAUAAAACCACUUCCCCGACCAUAUCGUCGUGCUAAAUCCUGUCAAAUAAAUGAAUCCUUCAGUGAAGUGAUUACACGCCGUAAGCGACGAAAAGGUCGGAAGAUUGCUACCAGCACUCCUGAAUGCAGCACUUCAGCUCCUCUCAAUGUUAGCUUAUCUGAUAUGGACCUCUCGCAGAAUGAACCCAUAAGAAAAAAGAGGAAGUACACACGUCGUGUACAGCAGAACCCAACCCUGGUGGUUAAAACAGGCAAGAGGGGUCGAAAACGUAAAUCUGCAGACACUGUAACACAAGUAUCAAAAGUAACGGGAAGUCGGAGAAGUUCAAGUCGUCACUCUGGUAUCCAUGAGCUUUCUGUUUGUGAACAGUUGAUAGUUGACUUAGUACGACAUGAAGACAGUUGGCCAUUUCUGAAACUGGUAAACAAAGCCCAGGUUACUGAUUACUAUGAUAUUAUUAAAAAGCCAGUUGCCUUAAAUAUUAUAAGAGAAAAACUAAACCGAUGUGAAUAUAACUUUGCAUCGGAUUUUAUUGAUGAUGUAGAAUUGAUGUUUACAAAUUGUUUUGAAUACAAUCCGCGAAACACAAGUGAAGCAAAAGCCGGAAUCAAACUACAAGCCUUCUUUCACAAUCAAGUAGAAAGACUGGGAUUGCCAGUGAAAUCUGCAAAUGUGGACCAUCCACCACAACCACCAGUUACUAAAAGGUCAAGAAUAUAAGGUUGUUCAGUGGUGUUGCUUUAAAUGGGAGCAUUUCAAAAUGUAAGGUGCUCCACUUCUCUUUUUUUUAAAAAAAAAACUAGAAUCAUGCCACAGACUGCCUUGCCCUUUCAUGAACUGCAAUAACUUUUAUUUUACGACCUUUGAAAUGCGACCUGCACUGGACUAAAAUUCUUUCUAUUGUUGAGCACUCAGGAAAAUGUAGUGUGAAGCUGCAUUUUGCUACAGUAAAUUUGUAGAGAUUUCAUAAUUUGUGUAUAUUGGAUACAGUACUGUUUUACUGAAUGACUUUUGUACUUUUUGAAGUAACAUUCAUGGAUAGUGUCUUCCACCAAACACAGGGUAAAUGUUAUACUUUUAUAAAUAAUUGUGAAGCUCUCCUGCGUACCCCUUUUUGUGAAAAUAUGGGUUGUUAAUUUGUUUCAGGAACAAUCAGUCACCAAGUCAAGUUACACCUUUUGUUUUUUAACUAAAAAUGAGGUUUUCAAACCAACAAAGAAUGUUACACUACACAAGUGACAAUUGUAUAUCAUUUCAGUACUGUACAUGUUUCAUGCUGGUGCGAAUGAUUGGUCUGCCAUGAAAUAGCGUAAAUAUUUAUUCAGUGUUGAAAACAAUUUUGGAAUGUUGAAUUUCUUAUUUAUGAAAUUUGUAAUUGAAACUUGGAGAAGAUUGAGGUUUUUCAGCUCCAGCAGUUUCUUUUUUGUUUAAAAAAAAAUUGCUUUCUAAUGCCUAAUAAAAUGUGGAAUCCUGAGACCAGAUUGUCAUGUAAUGUUUCUGGCAUCAGUAAUUUUUGAAUUUGAUAAUGUGGUUUGCUUUGUUUUUUUAAAAAAAAGCUUCUUUGUACAAAUAAAAAGUUUUAAGUUGA